AUGCCGAGCGGGAGGAAAGUCCUGGAGCUGAAGGAGGAUUUGAAGCCGGUCCCCGCUGGCCCUGCGGAGCAGCAGCCGCUCUUGCCUCGCUCAGGUUCUGAGUCUGCUCCUCCGCGUGGCACCUUGGAGUUUCUAGCUGGCACCAUUACCUCCAACGAGUGGAGUUCUCCCACCUCCCCUGAGGGGAGCAACGACUCGGGGGGCAGCGAGGCCUUGGACAAACCCAUCGACAAUGACGCCGAGGGCGUGUGGAGCCCGGACAUCGAGCAGAGCUUCCAGGAAGCGCUAGCCAUCUACCCGCCAUGCGGCCGCCGCAAGAUCAUCCUGUCCGACGAAGGCAAGAUGUAUGGCCGAAAUGAGUUGAUUGCCCGCUAUAUUAAGCUGAGAACAGGGAAAACACGCACAAGGAAACAGGUAUCUAGUCACAUCCAGGUGCUGGCAAGGCGGAAAGCUAGAGAGAUCCAAGCCAAGCUCAAGGAUCAGGCAGCUAAAGAUAAAGCCAUGCAGAGUAUGGCUACAAUGUCAUCUGCCCAGAUUAUCUCUGCAACUUCCUUCCAUAGUAAAAUGGGCUUGCCUGGUCUCCCACGACCAGCCUACCCUGCUGUUUCUGGGUUUUGGCAAGGACCAUUGCCAGGCCAAGCAGGAUCUUCCCAGGAUGUGAAACCUUUUUCUCAACAACCUUAUGCUGUACAGCCUCCACUUCCAAUACCAGGGUUUGAAUCUCCUGCUGGCCUCUCACCUUCCCCGUCAGCACCAGCUUGGCAAGGACGAAGGGUUGCUAGCUCCAAACUUUGGAUGUUAGAGUUCUCUGCAUUCUUGGAACAACAACAAGACCAAGACACAUAUAACAAGCACCUGUUUGUGCACAUUGGGCAGUCAAGCCCCAGCUACAAUGACCCCUACCUCGAGGCAGUGGAUAUCCGGCAGAUCUAUGACAAGUUCCCUGAGAAGAAAGGGGGCCUGAAGGAGCUCUUUGAAAGGGGGCCAGCCAAUGCCUUCUUCCUUGUCAAAUUCUGGGCUGAUUUGAAUACCAAUAUUGAAGAUGAAUCCAGAUCUUUCUAUGGUGUUUCCAGCCAGUAUGAGAGCCCAGAAAACAUGGUCAUUACCUGUUCCACCAAAGUGUGUUCCUUUGGAAAGCAGGUGGUAGAGAAAGUAGAGACAGAGUAUGCACGCUACGAGAACGGACACUACUCCUACCGCAUCCACCGCUCCCCUCUCUGCGAGUACAUGAUCAACUUCAUCCACAAACUCAAGCACCUUCCUGAGAAGUACAUGAUGAACAGUGUGCUGGAGAACUUCACUAUCUUACAGGUUGUGACAAACAGGGACACACAGGAGACCUUGCUGUGCAUAGCAUAUGUUUUUGAAGUAUCAACUAGUGACCACGGUGCCCAACAUCACAUCUACCGGCUGGUGAAGGACUAGAGACUCUCUGCCCUGAGUUGUCCAUGGAAUGCAUGUCUAAGAAAAAAGUCUGUGCUUGAACAACCCCUGCCCCCCCAAACCAAACUGAA